AUGUUCAAAGAGCUUACCAGCUCUAGAAUUCUGAGACAAGUCUCCAGAAUAAAUCAAAUACAUGGUGAUUCAUCCAAUGCAUAUGUGUUCAAUAAUGUCAAAAAGUUCGAAUUAAUCUUCCCUGUCAACAGAUCAUAUAUGGAAUCUUAUGGUAUAAGACAAUUUUGGAAAUACAAUUUACCAGUUUUCAAAUUUCAUAAUGAUGACAUUGAUUUCAUAAUUAAGAAAGUUCAAACCACUGAUGCAGAACUUGAGAAAUGUCCAGUAAAAUUAGUGAUACAUGAAGAUUCCCAAACCAAAGAGAUUGAUUGCAAAAACUUAGAACCUUCAUCCAUCUUAUCACAAUUACUUGAAAUAACUAAUGCUGAGCCAGUACCAAGUUCAACCUUAGAAUCUUUAACUUUAAAACCAAAGGCAUCUUACAUUAAAAAUUAG